CCGGGGGGACAGAUAAAAAGCUGUUUGUGGCUAUAUGUUGAAGAGAAGUUAGCGGACAUAAGAAGGCAACCAAACUUUACGAAGUGUCUCGGUGUGGGAGCUAGGACAAAAAGAGAUCAAAAUGCGCAGUGUGCUUUCCCUGGCCGUCGUGCUCUUGCUGGCCUUCUUGAUUGUUGCGGCAGAGGCGGGAAAAAACAGGAGAGAGAAAGGCAAAGCAUCAAAGGCUGCGUCAGACUGUGCCGAAUGGCGCUAUGGCAACUGUGUGGCAAACAACGGCGACUGCGGGCCGGGCGUGAGAGAGGGAACCUGCAACGAUCAGACCCGCAAACUCAAAUGCAAAAUACCCUGCAACUGGAAAAAGGACUUUGGCGCCGACUGCAAGUACAGUUUCGGUUCGUGGGGCCAGUGCGACGCGGCCACAGGUCAGAAGGCUCGCUCCGGGACGUUGGUGAAGGCCCUGUACAAUGCAGAGUGUAAACAGAGCAUCACCGUGUCCAAACCCUGCUCACUCAAAACCAAGACAAAGAACAAGGGAAAGAAAGGGAAAGGAAAAGCGAACUAAAGAGGAGAGAGAGAGAGAGAGAGAGAGCCGUAAAAAUGUGAAGUGACCCUCAGCAAGUCCACUAUCCAAAACCAGCCUCUUUUCAUUUCUCAUACGCGCGUGGAAACGGAUCUGCGAUAUGUACCGGUGUGUGUGUGUGUGUGUGUUGGCUCACCCACGUCAGUGAGUGUGUGUUCAACAACACUGAAGCCCUUACAUUGGGGAGAAAAAAAACUGUUUCAUGUAUUGUCAUGCUAUGACCACAUCUCGUGCAUAUUUAAGUCCAGCUUCACUGUCAUAUAUGGAAAUGGGAGGAUUUCUUUUUUUUCUUGUUUUCUUUUUUUUUUUUAAAUCUUGUUCGGUCA